GUGUGCCCAUUUUAUAUAUGGUAAUUAUUCUAUUAAUUUUAUUCUUUUUUUUUUUUUUCAGUGUUCCAAUAUCUGAAUGCUGGAUAUAACUCCAACAAACAAACGUCCAUUAAACAUCCAUAUAGCAUUUUAUCGGCACAAUGUUUCAAGCUCACGCAUACAUAAACAAAUCUGAAAUACUAACAGUUAUACCACGACCCCGGUCCUGAGAGUGAGGCUCCAAACAAAGAAACAAACAAAGCAUUUAUAAAUAAAUAAACCCAAACAAAGAACACAGAAUCAGUCUCUAUCAUUCCGUCAUGUUGCGCCAAUUUCACAUGGGCGUAUCUUUUGUGUCCUGUUCCCUUGGUGUAAUGUUCUGUGUCAACAGAAUAUAAGAACGACAACGAACACUUUGCCUCACCACAGUCCUUUCCACCUGAUCUAUCAUCAAGUUCAAGGACACACAUCUUCUGAAAGAGAAACAUCGAAGAAAAUUGUUUUCCUAAUGGAAAAAGAGAUUUUCUAAAUGAGAAACAGAAGCAUUGACAUUUUUAGCCUGUUUGCUGAAAAUUACUGGUCCCAAAGGACUGGUUUUUCGGGAGGUCAGAAACAGUGAGGAGGAAACAAACCUGCGAUGAGUCCCCUGAAUUCACCCUCCCUGUUUAACGUCACUAUUGUACGUCCCGAAUUCUUUUACAUAAGCGGUUUUGCCGGUAUUCCCCACACAAAAUACUACUAUGUGUUCUUGUGCUUGUGCUUUGCUCUGACUCUACUGGGAAACACUUUUAUCAUGUUUGUGAUUUACACUGACCACAGUCUUCACACUCCAAAAUACAUUGUCGUUUUUAAUUUGGCUGUGUCCGACUUGUGUGGAAGCACUGCCCUUGUUCCUCAGAUGAUAGACACUUUCCUGUUUAAAUCACAGUUAAUCUCCUACAAGGCCUGUUUGACUAAUAUGUUUUUUGUUUUUUGGUUUGGCUGUGUGCAGUCUCUCACUCUUACUGCUUUGUCCUAUGAUAGAUGUGUUGCUAUAUGCCUUCCACUGAGAUACAAUGAGAUUGUGACUAGUAAAUCAAUGUUGGUGAUCACAGCCAUAUUAUGGAUUUUUGCAGGAACGGCCACUCUCAUAGCUGUGAUUUUUAUCAGCAGAAUAUCAUUCUGCAAAUCCAUUGUGGUAAACAGCUAUUUCUGUGAUCAAGGACCCAUGCACCUUUUGGCAUGCAAUGACAACACUCCAAGUGCUGUGAUUCACUGGACACAUCCCGUUAUAAUUCUCUGGUUACCGGUACUGUUUAUCACAGGUACAUAUAUUUCUAUAGCCAGAGCGUUAUUUAAAAUUGCAGAAGCUUCUGAGCGCCUCAAAGCCAUGAAGACCUGCACCUCUCAUUUGAUCUUGUCUUUUUCAAGUGAACUAUCAUCAAGUUCAAGGACAUACAUCCUCCAAAAGAGAAAACAUCGAAGUACAUUGGUAUCCUAUUGGAAAAAGAGGUCUUCUAAAGGAGAAACGGAUGCAUUGACAUUUUUUGUGUAUGCAGUUUGCCAAAAAUUAUUGGUACUAAAGGACUGGUUUUUCGGGAGGUCAGAAACAGUGAGGAGGAAACAAACCUGCGAUGAGCCCCCUGAAUUCACCCUCCCUGUUUAA